AUGACAAAGUCUAAAUCUACAGUGCUGCUUCAGUCGAGACGAGAACCCACAUUAGAAAGCAAAUCUAUAGCAGAUAAGCGAGUCUUGUUUGGCAACAAUCAGCAGCAGAGCAUGAGUGCGCCCUUUACAGAGCCUUGGCUUGAUCCAAACAUCCUCUGCAAAUCAAACGCUUACCAAAUAACAGUAAACUGCAAGCUUCCCGAGAGAUAUCAGACGAUAAUACACCGAGAAUUGGGUAAAUUCCUUCGCGUGAAGGCUAGUUUGCAGGCAGAAUACAUGGCGCUCCUGACGACUACGCAUUUUUACCUGUAUCUCAAGAAAUCACACAGACAUAUUGCACAUCCCAUGGCCCACUUGUACAAAGAAGACAGUAUCAACCCCUUAUUUGAUAUAUUUCUCCAAACAGACAACACCAUACAACGGGAGGAUGAGCAAGUAGUCAAGAUACUGACAGUGGACAGUCGAGGCAAAGCCAUUUUAUUUGUACAUUAUGACGGUAGAUUCACACAAGCAUUCUACGACAUCCCUUUAUAUCAACCAUACGAGUACAUUACCGCUGUCAAAUGGAUUCAUGCGGAUCAAGCCUUGAUUGGGUCAUCCACAGGCCAGGCUUACUUGCUGAACUCCACAGCGACUAAUACUCAACACCGUGUAAUGACACUCUGCAAACAAAGCAUGCCUGGUCCAUGGGGAUUCAUGAAAUCACUGUACACAGCAUCUCUUCCACAUGCAUCAGAAUGUACAUUACCAAAGAUUGAAGAGAGUGGAUCUAUUGUAAAUAUUAGUACAGUGGAUAAUAUGGUGUAUAUGUGCAGUCAUCAUCAAGUGUGUGUGUGGAUCAUCAACAAUACAGAGGCUCAGUUAGUUGCACGUAUCCCUCUUCAAAACGACAUUGUCAAUUGCAUAUCACAACAUGUACCCUCCGAUAUCACGAAAUCCAUGCUCCAAUGUAGAAUAGUAACUAUGGACAUUGAAAUUAAGGAGGAGUUGGUUUUGUUAGUAUCCUACACGGUUCCUGGACUAAGUGAAUAUGUGCAAUAUGCAGUGAUAAAAUUCAGCAUGAUCCACAGCAAUGACACAAUAAUGAUGUAUCCUCAGCAUACAGCUUCGUUGCCCUAUUCCGAAAUACCCUCGCCAUCCUCAAAAAUCCCUCAACUGAACAUCACAAAGGACAUUGCAUUUGCAUCAUUUGAUGGCACGGUUGUAGCGAGAUCCCUCAGCAAAAAGUCGGUGUUUGAGGAAUCUUUGGUGUUGAAGGAUAAAGAGAAUGCUAUAUUGGCUGUGCAUGUUACAGAUUCUUCGGAGAGCUUCGAUACAGCCAAGGUGGUUACAGCUAAAAGUGAUGUGCUCGAGUUUCAGGUGAACAAGAGCGAGAUUCAGGGGCCAGGCAAUAUUUAUGCUGGUAUUGUUGAUGAUGUAGUGGAGAGAAACACAAUGGUAUUCAAAUCAAGACUAGAGCAAGCCCUCUUCUUUGGUGUGUUUAAUGAGUCACCGCUGCAAUUUCCUCUUGCUGUCGAACAUCAUGAGGAUGUGGGUUCUGCAGUGAUGGAUUUGACUCGCGAGAUUCGUACUGGGGCCUGCUCUUUCUUGCCAAAAAUGUUGGAAAUCUCGCCUAUUGAAUCUAGAUUCUACUUUCAGAAUCACAUGUACAAGAUACUGCAAGAUCAGAUGCUUGACCGAUUCCUGUCCGCCGAGCAAAGAUCUCAAUUGUUUGAGUUGCUGGAAUUGUAUUAUUUAUCAAAGCAGCUGUGGAAGAUUACGCUAGAAAAAUCCGCUGAUAUGCAAUGGAUGGACACUGUCACUCAAAUCAGCCAAGCAGUGCUGCUCCAGACAACAGAUCAACCAAACACCAAAUCUCAGCAGUGGGCGGAUUUCCUCACACACCAUAUUGACAAGAUUAAAGAUUUCCUCUCGCAAAUUUCCACUAAUAACGUAUCCAGUUGCGCAGACGAUAUUAUACCAAGAAUCAUCCAAAAAUGCAGGUCAUUUGAAGACAUAAAUCUACCUCGAUAUAGCAUACAGCAACCGCCCAAGAAUAACUUCUCUGCCAAGGCAUGUAAGCAUUUGGUUAGUAUCUUUGAUCAAAAAGUGGCUCACUACACAAUAUCCUGCCCAGACAACGGCCAAAAGGCCAAGUUACGGGACAUGGCUACCCUUUUAUUGGACAUCCACAGACAACAACCGUACACUGAAGAAUACGACGACAUGAAGAAAACAGUGUUUAAAGGAUUGUGUGCAGUGGGAUUGCAUCAAGCAGUAGUUGAUCUUGCUGAUAAGCAUAAUGAUAUCACCUUUAUUGUCAUCUCAGUUCCACAUCUCAACUUGAGUCCAGAAGAAUUCAGACAAACGUCGAGACACUUUGUGGAUCGCUUUGGAUAUCCUUACUUUGAAAGCCUACUGCAACAGCUGGAUGUUGAAUUGCGAGAGAACAUUUGGUACUUUUGUGAACAGUAUCCAGCGUUUACAGAGACAUUCUUUUCCAGUGAGCAACAGCACUUGCCCAAGGUAGCCUGGAUUUAUCAUGUAAAGAAAGGAAAUUACAAAAAGGCGCAUGAGGUGCUCUCUCGCUGUAGUGGUCACAUGUCGGAAAAAGAGCAUUGUUUGGCAUCUCCAUGGAUCAAGAUGCUGUCUGUAGUCCUUGAAGGAAAAGUCGAGUAG